AUGACAAAGACUCGACUUCUCUUGUUGCCUGCUCUUGGUCUACUGCAUGUUGCGUUGCCUUUGACUGCCGCACAAGACGCGUUAUCAGAAAUCCAAGCCAUUGUCCAGCCGGUGGCGCUCUUUGGUGGCAACGAGUGGACCGACCCUGCUAACUACCAGGCGAAAGCCAUUGCGUGGCUCGAAUCCGACCCCGUUUCUGCUAAUAAUAAUAAUAAUAAUAUUGCAGAUGCAAGAAUCCAGCAACGGUAUGCUUUGGCGUGCAUUUACUAUGCAACCUUUGCAGUCCCAACCAUGUACACAGUAGCAGAACCAAGAGGGUGGAUCGAUGCAACAGGGUGGCUCAGUGAUGCCGACGAAUGCACUUGGUUUGGACUCACUUGCAAUGACAACUCGGAGGUGGAAAAGAUUGCCCUGGGCGUGAACCGGCUGACAGGAACGUUUCCUGCAGAGACGGCCAUCAUGGCCUCUUCCAUCACUCACAUUGACCUAUUCAGGAACUAUGUCCACAAUGCUGGAGAUGCAGGGAAUGCAUGGAUGGGACAGCUCACAAACCUCACUCACCUGUACUAUGGACAGACAAACUUUGAGUACGAUGGUAUUCCACCACAGAUUGGUCAACUCACCAACCUGAUUGAGUAUGAUUGUUCCUUCACACGCUACUUUGGGCCCCUGGCGGGAUCCACUUUUGCACCCCUCCAAAAUCUGGAAUACCUGGUGUUGACUGCAAAGUUUUCAAAAGUGAUCGAACGACUUCAGGUGAUCGUAUUUCGACGACCUCUAAGUAAAAUCCAACGCACUAAGUAUCGAAGGCGUGCUCGCGUCCGUACCGCUAACCGGUGA